CUUUACUCCCUGCCGUACACACACCCAACUCCAGUGUAUUCUCUUUAACUUCCUUUCCGUUUCCAACUUCCCUCUCUCUCCAAUAUAUAAUGACCUCCUUCCUUCUCUACAGACCUCUCUCUGUCGAACUCCAAAACCCUAAUUAUCUCUUCUCUCCCAUUCUCUCUACUUCAACACCACUUACUUCCAAUCCGAUCUUCCAACAUCUCAUUUUACUCAUUUCUCUGAUUCAAUCGCAUUCCCUCACCGAAAAUCGCUGGAGAAACUGUCAUUUCAUGUUUAAUUUUCGCCGUUUGAAUACGGCGAUCAGUAGUCGAGGGCGAGAAUCUGGUCGCAUUGUGGAUUCUACUAACUUUUGGCGAAUCGUGUUCAGUUUAGUGAAGUAAUUGAUCUUUGAUCGUUAUCCGUUGAUUGGAGAAGAUUGAGUUGGAUUCAUGUCUUGAUUCGGAUUAUUUGGAGAAUUUGAGCUCAUAAAGAGAAAUUAAUUGAGAAAUUGGUGAUAAGUAGAUUAUCUUUGAAAUCAUGGCAUUUGAAAUGGGUUCGGUUUUGAUGAAUCUGGGAAUGGUUUUGACAUCUGAUCAUGCUUCCGUGGUUUCGAUUAACAUGUUCGUGACGCUUCUCUGUGCCUGCAUUGUGAUCGGUCAUCUACUCGAGGAGAACCGCUGGAUGAACGAAUCGAUCACGGCACUAGCGAUCGGUCUGUGCACUGGAGCCUUUAUUCUGCUGAUUAGUGGAGGGAAAAGUUCUCGCAUUUUAGUCUUCAGUGAAGAUAUUUUCUUUAUCUAUCUUCUUCCACCUAUCAUAUUCAAUGCUGGGUUCCAGGUAAAAAAGAAACAGUUUUUCCGCAACUUCAUGACAAUUAUGCUGUUUGGUGCAGUUGGCACAUUGAUAUCUUUUGGCAUCAUUUCAAUUGGUGCUUCUCAAUUAUUCCAAAUGUUGGAUAUAGCUCCUUUGCGGAUUGGAGAUUAUCUUGCAAUUGGAGCAAUAUUUUCCGCAACGGAUUCUGUUUGCACCUUGCAGGUGCUUAAUCAAGAUGAUACACCUUUACUUCAUAGUCUCGUCUUUGGGGAAGCUGUUGUCAAUGAUGCCACGUCAGUGGUCCUCUUUAAUGCAAUUCAGAGAUUUGAUCUCAUUCACAUCGACUCCAGCAUUGCCUUGCAGUUUGUUGGCAACUUCUUUUUUUUAUUUGUUGCAAGCACAUUGCUGGGAGUGUUAGCUGGAUUGCUUAGUGCAUACACUAUAAAAAGAUUGUACUUUGGCAGGCAUUCUACUGAUCGUGAAGUUGCACUUAUGAUACUCAUGGCUUACCUUUCCUAUAUGGUGGCUGAAUUGUUCAGUCUAAGUGCUAUUCUCACAGUAUUUUUUUGCGGCAUCGUGAUGUCUCACUAUACCUGGCAUAACGUGACUGAGAGUUCAAGAGUAACUACCAAGCACACUUUUGCGACAUUGUCAUUCAUGGCCGAGAUAUUUAUCUUCCUUUAUGUUGGCAUGGAUGCAUUGGACAUUGAAAAGUGGAAUUUCGUUAGAAGCAGCCUUGGAAAAUUAGUCGAGGCAAGUUCAAUACUGAUAGGAUUGGUCCUGGUUGGAAGAGCAGCUUUUGUUUUCCCAUUAUCCUUUUUAUCUAACCUAACAAAAAAGUCUCUUAAUGACAAAAUUACCUUCAAUCAACAAGUUACAAUAUGGUGGGCCGGUCUUAUGCGAGGUGCAGUAUCAGUGGCCCUAGCUUAUCAUCAGUUCACAAGGUCAGGCCACACCAAGCUGAGUGGACAUGCCAUGAUGAUCACUAGCACCAUCACCGUUGUUCUCUUCAGCACAGUGGUGUUUGGCUUGAUGACUAAACCUCUGGUGAGGCUCUUACUGCCACCCAAUGCAAAAUACAUCAAUGGCAUUACAUCAGAACCAUCGAGUCCGAAGUCCUUCCUCUCCCCACUUCUUGGUAAUGGCCAGGAUUCUGAAGUUGAAGCGGGCCCGACCAGCCUCCGCAUGCUUCUGAGUACACCCUCUCACACAGUCCACCAUUACUGGCGUAAGUUCGACAAUGCCUUCAUGCGGCCAAUGUUCGGUGGACGAGGGUUUGCACCGUUUGUUCCUGGAUCCCCAAUCGAACAGAGUGAUCUUCCAUGGUAACUAAAAGAAAGAAAGGAAGGAAGAUAUGAAAUUGACUUGGGUUCUCUUGGUUUUGCAUAUUUUUCUAAUCCCUAGGGGUAGUGAUGGUAACUAAAAGAAAGAAAGGAAGAUAUGAAAUUGACUUGUGUUCUCUUGGGUAUGCACAUUUUCUAAUCCUUAGGGGCAGUGAGGAGUGCCUGAUUUUGGUAUGUGCGAGGAUUGCAAGUUUUUGACGUAGGCAGCGGAGGUGAUACAAUUUUCCUUGGCUUGAUAUUUUCAUUUUUUUUCUUUCAUUAUCUCUUGCGGCGUGAUUAUUGCCGAUGUUGAUAAGAGUGAUGUUGAUAAGUGCCAUGUGAUUUCAACACAGUAAUUUGCAUUUUAUUUUUUUGUAUAUGAGUGUGUAAUAUACUGAUUGUCUUUGGCAUGUAUUUGAUUUGCUAUCUGAAAGAGAAUGUGGUCAUGUAAUUUUCCUGAAAAGUGAAAUGAUAUUGAAUCGAGCCUUUUGAAUUACAAGUUGUUGCAGCUUUGCUGGUUUGGGUUUGUAA